GUGUCGCAGUUUGUUUUUCUCCAUCUAAAGCCCAGAGCCGUGCAGAGACCAGACUCUGAAGAACUCAGUAUGUCUGACUCACUGAGGAACCGCAGGUUACAACACUGGCUUAAUGAGCUCAACUCGACCUCCACCCAAUCGAUGAUAGAUGGCGCUGAAGCAGCAGAUGAUGAUAAUGAGUCAGGAUACUCAUCUGUCAGUCACUUUCUCAGUGAUGACGACCAAUCGACAUGUCCAUCUGUUCCAUCCCUCCACAGUGAUUGGUCAAAUGGAAAAAUGAUUGCUUUCAAGAAACUAGAAAAAAGUGACCCAAACAAGUCUCUAAUUUGGCGAUUUCUGCAGGAAGAGAAGAAACUCAUUCAAAUCCAGGAAGAACUUGUUUUGGCCGACCUCUCACCUGAUUGCUUUCUCAGUGAUGACGACCAAUCAUCAAGUUCAUCUGAUCCAUCCCUCCACAGUGAUUGGUCAAAAGGACAAUUAAUUGAUUUCAAAAAAUUAGAAAAAGACUACCCAGCCAGGUAUCGAAGAUGGCGACAUCUGCAGAAACUGAGGGAACGUCUUCGAGUGCGAGAAGAACGUUUUUUGGCCGACCUCCCACCUCAUCAUGAUCGGUCAAAAGAAAAAAAGUUUAUUUCAAAAAAUAGAAAAAAGCAAGCGAAACAAGUAUCAAAGAUGGCAAAGCCUGCAGAAACAGAGGGACAUAUUCAAAUCAAGUUUUUGGCGACCUCCCACCUGAUG